AAACAUUGAGAAUGCCUGAAAUAUCAUUUCACCUGAUGUCUCAAAUAUAUCUGUAAAGGACAAAUUCUCUUUUACUAUGAUAAAUACAAUAGGAUUUACACAUUAAAAAUACCAAUUAGCAAUAAUUAAACUCAGAAUUCAAUUCUCCCACUUUUAAAACAUUUCUCUUAAUUGAUAUUCAAAUUAUAACUGAACAAUAGAAUUCUAUUUAAUGCUUAUAUUGUGAAUCUUAGUUGUUUUUUUUUUUUCAAAGGCUCAUCCUACAGCCUUGUAUUAUAUAUGAUGGUGUAAGUAGGUCAUCUGUGUGAGAAAAUUUUCCAGACUCUGCAAUCCAGACAUACCUCUUUUAUUAUGACUGGCUAUACUGGGCUCACAGAUAAUGUGUGUUUAUUAAUAUGGACUCAAGCCCCUUCACCAGGAAAGGAAGACAACUUUCAUUAGCCAUUUGUAAGAUGUGACUUUCCUGACCAUCUGUCAUUUCCCAGCACCCCAAGAGGUGGCUCUUGGCCUUUUCUGCGGAAGCGAUGUGGGAAAACCUCUGAUCUCAGCCUAGGCCGCUCAGACCCAAAUUACCCAUAACACCCUGAGAGGGAUAGCGCCACGCCUACCCAGUGAGGGGUCGAAAAGACAUUUCCGUUGGGAGAGCCCGACAGGGGCGGGACUUCCGGAGUCUCCCUGCAGCGGGCAUUUUGCUUCAGCCAUAAUCCGCUGAAGUUUGUGCUCUGAAGCUCCAGGUCUCUGAGUGCGGGUGGAGAUGCCGGGGCGGGAAAGGCGCCAUAGUCGCGGUCCACACAGCACACAAGAUAGCAAGAAGCUGGGCGACACUUCCCAUGUGACCCGCGCCAGGGCGGAGACAGGGGAAGUCAAGCCGGGGGCGUCCUCCUGUACUUUUGCUACCUCCCAGCCUCUCUCACGGUGUCCUUUGGCGGCCUUGAGGAGACGCCCCGCAGAGGUUGGUGUGACCUUUGCGGACAUUGCCUUGUACUUCUCCGGGGAAGAAUGGUGUCUGCUUAAUGAAGAUCAGAGAUGCCUGUACUUGGAUGUGAUGCUGGACAAUUUUGAACUAGCAUCCUCACUGGGUUCCUGUUGUGGAGCAGAGGAUGUGGAAGCACCAAUUGAACAGAAUGUUCCUGUUAGAGUUGCAGAGGCAAAAAAUCUCAGGGUAGCUUUGCCUUGCUGGAAAAGCCACCCCUGUGAAAGUUGUGGACCCAUCUUGAGACGUAUUUUCCACUUGAGUGAGCAUCAGGAAACACAACACAGCCAGAAACUAUUGAGGUGUGGGACACGUGCAGCACAAUUUUAUUUCAGUACAAAGUGUCACCACCAACAGGCGCACCAUGUGAGAGAGAAGCCUUUCAUAAGUGAUGUGGACAGGAUGUCACUGGCUAAGGGUUAUAAUUAUAAUGUGUCCCACGAGCUUUUUACCUGUAGGGAGAUUGAAUUGGAUAUCCUUACCAAGUCAGAACAACUCCAUCAAGAGGUUAUUUACACCAGGGAGAGGCCGGAUGAAAUCUCUAUGUCUCAAGGGAUUAUCAAACCAAAAAAUCAUGAAACCCUGAAUGAAUGUGAAAAAACUGUUGGGUGCAACUACACAUAUGUUCAGAAGAAGGGUAUUUCUGCUGGAAGACAGUGUUUUGUGUGCCAUGAUUGUGGAAAAUAUUUUACUGGAAUUCCUACUUUUUGUUAUCAGAGAGUACACACUGGUGAAAGGCCCUAUCAAUGCAGUGCAUGUGGGAAAUGUUUUAAAAGAAUCUAUAACCUUUAUUGUCAUCAGAGACUUCAUACUGGGGAAAGGCCUUAUGAAUGCAGUGAAUGUGGGAAAUCUUUUACCAGGAAUGAUUCCCUUCAAAUACAUCAGAGACUUCACACAGGAGAAAGGCCUUAUGAGUGCAGUGAAUGUGGGAAAUCUUUCAUCCAAAACCAACUUCAUCGUCACCAGAGAGUUCAUACUGGAGAGAAGUCUCAUGAGUGCAGUAAAUGUGGGAAAUCUUUUAGCCAUAGCACUGGCCUCCGUUGUCAUGAGAGAGUUCACACAGGAGAAAGGCCUUAUAAAUGCAGUGAAUGUGGGAAAUCUUUUACCUAUAGCACUGGCCUUCGUUAUCAUCAGAGAGUUCACACAGUACAAAAAACCUUAUAAAUAUAGUUAAUGUGGGGUAUCUUUUAGCUUAAAUUCUAAUCUUCCGCACAUAAGAGCACAUGGGGAGAAGGUCUUAAAUGUGUAUGAAAUGUACAGGGAUUUUUUUGUGUGUGUGUGUUCCUAGUGUAGGGAUUUU